AUGGCUUCUGACAAAGGUGAAAUGGAUCGAGGUCCUGGUCUUUCAACUGGCGAUCCCACCUUGAGGAGAAGAAUCGAGCCUUGGGAAUUUGAAACGUUCUUUGACCCCAGAGAGCUCCGGAAAGAGGCCUGUUUGCUGUAUGAAGUCAAGUGGGGUGAGAGUCACAAGAUCUGGCGAAACUCAGGCAAAAACACCACCAAGCAUGCUGAAGUCAAUUUUAUAGAAAAAUUUGCUUCAGAAAGACGUUUGUGCUCAUCCAUCAGCUGCUCAAUUAUCUGGUUCAUGUCUUGGAGUCCCUGUUGGGAAUGCUGCAAAGCUAUUAGAGAAUUUUUGCAUCAACGACCUAGUGUGACUUUAGUUAUUUAUGUAGCACGGCUUUAUCACCACAUGGAUCAACAAAACCGACAAGGACUCAGGGACCUCGUUGGCAGUGGUGUGAUUAUCCAGAUCAUGAGAGCCCCAGAGCAUGACCACUGCUGGAGGAAUUUUGUCAACUACCCACCUGGGAAAGAUGUUCACUGGCCAAGAUACCCACCUCUGUGGAUGGAGCUAUAUGCACUGGAACUCCACUGCAUAAUUUUAAAUCUCCCUCCCUGUUUAAUGAUUUCAAGAAGAUGUCAGAAACAGCUUACAUGGUUCCAUCUUAAUCUUCAAAACUGCCAUUACCAAAUGAUUCCACCCCCUAUCCUUCUAGCUACAGGGGCAAUACAACUUCCUGUUUCUUGGAGAUAAUAAAAUGAUUCUUUGAAGGCA